GCGGCAGUCCGGCCGCGGGAAGGACCGACAGAGCGACACGCCUCCUAGAACCUCCGCGGCCAUGGCCGAGCACGCCGCUCGCCGCUGCUGCCUGGGCUGGGACUUCAGCACGCAGCAGGUAAAAGUUGUUGCUGUUGAUGCAGAGCUGAAUGUCUUCUACGAGGACAGUGUGCUUUUUGACAGAGACCUUCUAGAAUUUGGGACUCAGGGUGGAGUUCAUGUUCACGAGGAUGGGCUGACAGUGACUUCUCCAGUCCUGAUGUGGGUCCAGGCUUUGGAUAUCAUCUUGGAGAAGAUGAAGGCUUCGGGCUUUGACUUCUCUCAAGUUCUCGCCUUGUCUGGGGCGGGCCAGCAACAUGGAAGCGUGUACUGGAAGGCUGGGGCCAGCCAGGUGCUGACAAGCUUGUCACCGGACCUCCUGUUGCAUGAGCAGCUGCAGGCCUGUUUCUCCAUCCGUGACUGCCCGGUGUGGAUGGACUCCAGCACCACAGCCCAGUGCCGCCAGCUGGAGGCCACCGUGGGUGGGGCCCAGGCUCUCAGCUGCCUCACUGGGUCCCGCGCCUAUGAGCGAUUUACAGGAAACCAAAUUGCAAAGCUUUACCAGCAGAACCCCGAGGCCUACUCACACACAGAGAGAAUUUCCUUGGUCAGUAGUUUUGCUGCUUCUCUGUUCCUUGGGUCUCACUCUCCUAUUGACUACAGUGACGGUUCUGGAAUGAAUUUGUUGCGGAUCCAGGACAAAGUCUGGUCGCAGGCUUGCCUUGGUGCCUGUGCACCUCACUUAGAGGAGAAGCUCGGCCUGCCGGUGCCGUCAUGCUCGGUUGUGGGGGCCAUUUCUUCCUACUUCGUCCAGCGCUAUGGGUUUCCUCCAGGAUGCAAAGUGGUGGCCUUCACUGGGGACAACCCAGCGUCGCUGGCAGGCAUGAGGCUGGAGGAAGGUGACAUUGCGGUCAGCCUGGGCACCAGCGACACCCUAUUUCUCUGGCUGCAGGAGCCCACGCCCACCCUGGAAGGCCACAUCUUCUGCAACCCGGUUGACCCCCAGCACUACAUGGGGCUCCUGUGCUUUAAAAAUGGCUCCCUCAUGAGAGAGAAGAUCCGCGAUGAGUUGGCUUCCAGUUCCUGGAGCGAGUUCUCUAAGGCGCUGCAGUCCACAGAGAUGGGGAACAGCGGAAACCUGGGUUUUUAUUUUGAUGUAAUGGAGAUCACCCCUGAAAUUAUUGGACGUCAUAGGUUUAGUGCAGAAAACCAUGAGGUCUCAGCAUUCCCCUGGGACGUGGAGAUUCGAGCACUGAUCGAAGGACAGUUCAUGGCCAAGAAGAUUCAUGCCGAGGGCCUGGGCUAUCGAGUCAUGCCUAAGACAAAGAUUUUGGCCACUGGAGGAGCAUCUCACAACAGAGACAUCUUGCAGGUGCUGGCAGAUGUGUUUGGCACCCCAGUGUAUGUCAUAGACACAGCCAACUCAGCCUGUGUGGGCUCUGCUUACCGAGCUUUCCAUGCCCUGCCACCCUUUUGCUUGGUGAGCAUUUAUUGAGUGCCUCCUGUACGUGGGCAGUGUGCUAGGCACCAGGGCUCCAGUGGAGACCCAGUCCUGGCCUCUCAGAACUUCCAGCUCAAGAAGGGAGGGACCUUAAACCAGUCUGUGGCAGAAGUAGUGAGAUGUGCCCUGAGGAAAGCAGAUGGUGCUGAGGGCUGGAAGGGAUGUUCCUAGCGGCAGCUUUUCUGAGAAGAGAGAAGAACAUUCCACACAGUGAAAAGGCUCUGAGCAGAAGGAAUUGAGAGAAGCUGGGGGGGGCUGGAAUGCAGUGAGUGAUGCGGAGAGUGGAGCCACGUGAGGGAGGAGAGGCGGGCGGACCCUCCCCUCUGUCAGAGGUCACAGGUUAGCUGCCUCCCGACAUGCGCUUCAGACAAAGAAGGCCCUGCUGAGAAGAGGCCUGCACUUGAAACUUCUUCUCUUUCUCUCUUUUUUUUAAAGAUGGUUUUAUGGAGGCCCAAUUUAUAUAACAUAAAAAUCACCCAUACUUAAGUGUACAA